AUGAGGAGCCUGCGAUUGUCGGAGGCGGUGGCGUUGAUGCGGGACACGGACCAGCCGAACUUCCCGCUGGCAGGCGUCAAGAGCGUCAAGGAGUUCCUGGACAGUGUCGCGGCGGGCCCUGGUAACAUGACAUCGUACCAGGCCGAGUGGGAGCGACUCAGCGGAGUUGGCGAGGGGUCAGCGGUCAACCACGUACAUCGGAACUUGUGUGAAGUGAUUCGACUCAUGCACUCGUGGGACCAGGUGGAUCUCUCUAUGCUAGCAUCCGCCGAGCUGCUGGUCCGCUGGAUGAUCCAGACGGAGAUCGCCGUAGAGCGCAACCCGCGCCAUCCCGACUACAGUGGAUUGGACAUCGUGAUCUCCGCGCCCGUGAACGCCGCGGGGCGUGCUUCAACGUCGAGGUUCAACACGUGGGUCACGGACAGACUCAAGGAGCGCGCGACGAUCUGGAAGCAGGAGCGGCUCUACCGCGAGGAGCAGAAGCAGGUGCGCAAGGGCGACGGCAAGGGCGGCGACAGCUCCGACCCCACCAACCCGAAGAGGCGCCCGAAGAAGCCGAAGGGAGGAGGCAUCCGGUCACGCGAUCGUCGGCAUGGAGAUCCUUUCCCGCUGCCCUGCGAUCCUGGUGGCCUCGGCGAUGCAUGCGAUGCCGCGCGGCUUCAGCAAGUUUUUGACUCGGUUCGGGCCCUGAACCAGCUUGCUGCCGCCAACCUGAAUUCACGUCGUGCUCAGGGGCAUGACCUACCACCUGAGGGCCACCUCCGGCCCACCGCUGUGCAGCGAUGGAUGCUCCAGAACGUUGCACGGCGGGUUGAGGCAUAUGGGGCUCGCCCGACUGACCUUACAGAGGAAUCAUCCUUGUCGGAGAUCCUCGACUCACGAGACCACUACGGCAUGGAGCCCAAGAACUUGGCCAGCUUCGACUUCGACAAGGUCAAGAUCCUGCACAGGAGGGUCCACGUUCGACCUAUUCGGCGCGAGCUCCCUCCCGCAGCGCUUGGCUACAUCAGGCGCGCGUCCGAUCUGAUCGAGAGGGACGAAGCGGAGCUUGAGAAGGACCGAGCUGAAGGAGUGGGUUUCUCGCCUUACUGGGACCCCCGUCUUCGGCGCUCGCGAGACCUCCGGAAGCAGUUGUAUCAGCGCUUGAGCCAGCAGGGCCUGCUGACCUGGCGCCGGCGGCUGAAGGGGCGCGCGGGCAUCUUCGUGGUCAAGAAAAAGGAUGGGCUUCAGAGACUGAUCAUCGACGCCCGAGCGGCGAACAGAGCGCAUCGGCUACCGCCCACCACGCGACUUGGCUCUUCGAGGUGCAUGGCCGACCUGGACCUCUCCGACCCUCGCCUGAAGGCUUCGGGCUUCGGUGGAGUGGGCUCCGGGACAGCCGCCAGUCCUGCCGGGCUGGAGGGCGACGUCGGGGACUGCUUUUACAAUUUCACGAUCCCCGAGCUCGCCUCCUGGUUUGGCUUCGAGGACCGCUUCGACACGAACGAGCUGGAGAGCAUGGGCUGCCGACCGGCCACGAUCUGGGACGACGCCGAGGGGGCCGAGACCCAGGUCGAGGACGGGGAGUUGCUCUACCCCUGCAUGGCCGCCGUGUGCAUGGGCUGGUCUUGGGCGUUGUACUUCGCCAACGAGGCCGUCACCUACCGGGUGGAGAAGACGCUCGAGGACGGCGCCGACCAGAUCAUGCGCGAGAUGCAGCCCGCACCAGUUUUGAAGCCUGGCAAGUGCGUGACAGGCGUGUACGUGGACAACGUACAGGUGAUCGGAGGCUGCGGGGCCGACGCAGUGAAACAGAUGACAGAGAUUGAGAAGAGCUUCAAGGAAGACAACAUACCCUUUGACGUCGAGCCAGGGGGCGGUUUUGAGAUGCAGACGCUUGGCUUGGUUUACCAUUGGCGAGAACGGCGACUACGUCACGUCGCCCGGCGUGUCUGGCGGACAUACUUGGCCGGCCAUGCCCUUCUACGACGUCGUAAGCUACACGGACAUGCUCUGCAGUGCUGGCUCGGCCACGUGGUCAACUUGAACCAGCUCUGCCCCGAGGCGAUGUCCGCCUUGAACGCGUGUUACCGCUUCAUUGAGGAGUCCUUGGAGGCGCCGAAGCGGGUGUGGCCGUCCGUGAAGUCGGAGAUUCGAUGCGCCAUGAAUCUCUUGUUCCUGAUGGAGGUCGACCUUGGCGCCAACUACUCCGACCAGGUCUACUGCGGGGACUCCUCGAGCCGCGGCUACGCGCUGCACGUAACCAAGGGUGAGCCCGAGGAGAUCCGCGAGGCCUGGAGGUGGCGCGAACGCUGGCGGUACCGGGACGUCCCGCUGCUGGAGGGCCAGGUGAGCGAGGGCCUCAACUACGUGCGGGGCGACGCCCCUAGGACGGCGGCAGGCCCGCAGACCGCCUUCGGCCAGGACCUCCGGAGCAGGGCCGAGGCGCGACCCAGGCCGGCGGCGCCAGCUGCGCCCGCCAAGGGGGCUCGCGUCAGGGUGGCGCUCGACUCGGGGAUCCCCGCUGUGGCUGACGGCUGGACUAAACGUCGGCGCUACCACCUGGUGGCUGCCGACCGCUGGCGCUGGCAGGACGAGCACAUCAACCUGAAGGAGGCGCGGGUGGCCCUGAUGGGGCUGCGACGGCACUGCCGCUCUGUCAGGUUCCUGGGCUCGAAGCUGCUCACGCUCAGCGACAGCCAGGUCACCGUGGGGGCCUUCGAGAAGGGCCGCUCUAGCGCGGGCCUGCAGGCACUGUGCCGGCGCGCGGCCGCCUACCGCCUGGGGGGCCAGAUCACGUGGCGGCUCCGCUACAUCGAGACGGAUCGGAACCCGAGCGACUUCGACUCGCGCCGGUGGGAUGCCAAGCGGCCCGCCUCGCAGGGCCCGACGCGGGAGCAGACGCCCGCGGCAGCUGCGGUGGCGCCGGUGGACAUCAAGGGGCCCAGCUCGCGCCAGGGGGAGGCCAGGAAGCCUGGGCCGCCGAGCCCUGCCCCGGGGCGGCAGCAGCCUCUGGCGGCGCGGGACGCCCCCGCCGAGCUCGGCCGCCAGCGAGGCCGUGGAGAAUCCGAGGACCUCGAGGUUAUGGAACUUGACCCCAUCGCUCGACUUCGUGGACUCGCGAAGGUCACAGAGGUUCACUUCGAUAUGAGCAUGUACGGCACAGCUUAUCGGAAACCGACUCGCCUACUCACGAAUGUGGAGGCCCUGAGGGCCUUGGGUGAUCGACCUCGCAUACCGCACAAGCACGCCAUCCGCAAUGGCCUCCUCCAGGCCGCGGGCCGUCAGCCAAAGGCUAGAGGACAGGCGCUUCGCUGUGAGGACGGCGCCCGCCCCGAGGUCUGCUGCCAGGCCGCCGACGCGUACCUCGGCGGGGACCCCGUCAUCCAGCAGCGGCCGCCGGGCAAGGGCCGCCCGCGCCAGCCGUCGGCGCCGCGCCGAGUGGGGGCGAUUCGCGUCCCAAGGCGCGAGGCGCUGCUCAUGGCCACGGUCACGAACGCGACGCUCGAGCGGUACGCGGCCGCGGUGCAGGAGUUCGAGGUCUACGCGAAGACCAAGAAGCUCGACCUGCAGCCGCUGAGCCGCCUGGACGACAGCCUAGCUCAGUACUUCGUGGACCUGUACGACGACGGCUUCGGCGUUUGGGAGGGCCGCAACACCUUGUACGGCUACAGGCUGCUGCGGCUCAAGACGACGGGGAAGGUGGACCUCCCAAAGGCGCUGGCCUCGCUGAAGGGUUGGGUGAAGCGCUCACCAGGCCGGAUGCGCCUGCCGCUGCCCGACAUCAUCGUGGACGACAUCGCGAUGGACCUGGCGGAGCACGACCUGCCCCUGAUGGGCGCCGCGGUGGAGCUGCAGACGGACGCCUACCUGAGGCCCUCGGAGAUAGUCGAGCUCAGGCAGGGCCAGAUCCUGCCUCCCGCGCCAGCCGCGAAGCUCGGCGCGCACUAUGGCGUCGUGAUCGCGCCCUCGGAGUGGCACGAGGUCACGAAGACCGGGGGCCAGGACGACAGCCUGCUGGUCGGCGACGUGGCGCGCCCCUGGCUGACGAACGUGCUGCGCCUCCUCCAUCAGCCCAUGGCGCCGGACUCCCUCAGGCUCUUCGACUUCUCCCUGGCAAAGUACGAGCGCGAGGUGAAGAAGAGUGCCGACCGCCUGGGCUACUCGUCCCUCGGCGUGUGCCCCCACGUCUUCCGGCACUCAGGUGCCUCGAACGACAAGGCGCACAACAGGAGGACCCUCAAGGAGGUUCAGAAGCGCGGCCGAUGGGCAUCGUCCGCUUCGGUAGCCCGCUACGAGAAGGGCGCCCUCAUCCUCCAGCAGCUGCGGAAGAUCCCACAGCAGAAGCAGAGGAUGGCGGCGAGCAGAAGCAAGCGGCUGCCGCAGCUCCUCUUGGAUCACCUUCGUAAGCGCUGA